GGCGAGAGUGCGAAAGAGAGUGAGAGUGGUGUUACGUGCGGCGCACUGAAGUUACAGGCUAACCAGGUAGGAUGUCAGAGCAGCAAGGCGCCCCAGAACAGCUGGCUGCUGGGAAAAGUCAGGGAGGGGCUGGAGCUACCUACAAGGUGGUGCUGUUCGAGUUCGAGAAUUUCCGAGGGAAGAAGGCAGAGUUCUCUGCAGAGUGCAAGGAUGCUGGCGAGAAGCUGGAGAGAGUUGGCUCAGCCAUUGUAGAAUCUGGACCGUGGGUGGCGUAUGAGCGUAUGGGCUUUGCCGGGGAGCAGUACGUUCUGGAGAAGGGCGAGUACCCCCGCUGGAGCUCCUGGACCAACAGCCAGAGCAGCUACUGUCUGCUGUCCCUGAGGCCUCUCCGUGUGGAUAGUGCGGAUCACAAGCUCCACCUAUUUGAGAAUGGAGGCUUUGCUGGAAGGAAGAUGGAGAUCAUGGAUGAUGAUGUCCCCAGCCUCUGGGCCCAUGGCUUCCAGGAUCGUGUGGCCAGCGUCAAAGCCCUGAAUGGAACGUGGGUGGGCUACAUGUACCCAGGCUACAGAGGGCGCCAGUACGUGUUCGAGCACGGCGACUACAAGCACUGGAACGACUGGGGGGCGGCCGUGCCUCAGGUUCAGUCCGUCCGGCGUGUGCGUGACAUGCAGUGGCACAAGCGCGGCUGCUUCACUGCCCCGGAGCCCACCCCCAACCCCGUGCCUCCUCCCCCCGCCCCUCCCGCUGCGGCCGGCACCAGCUGAAGGAGAGCAGCGAGCCCCCCCAGCCUCGGGACCACCCCCAGCGCCGACACCCCCACCCCUUCCUCUGACCCUCCGCCAGGCCUCCACCCCUCUCAGAGGGCCACCAAGAAGCGGCGAACCCGGAAGUGACCGCCUUCCCCGAGUGUCUUCGACUGGAAUAAACAAUAAAGGCUUU